GCGUGGGCGCGGGGGCGCCGUCGGGCUCGGUCCCGGUGCUCUUCUGCUUCUCCGUCUUCGCGCGGCCCUCGUCGGUGCCGCAUGGCGCGGGCUACGAGCUGCUCAUCCAAAAGUUCCUCAGCCUGUACGGCGACCAGAUCGACAUGCACCGCAAAUUCGUGGUGCAGCUCUUCGCCGAGGAGUGGGGCCAGUACGUGGACUUGCCCAAGGGCUUCGCCGUGAGCGAGCGCUGCAAGGUGCGCCUGGUGCCGCUGCAGAUCCAGCUCACUACCCUGGGAAAUCUUACACCUUCAAGUACUGUGUUUUUCUGCUGUGAUAUGCAGGAGAGGUUCAGACCAGCCAUCAAGUAUUUUGGGGAUAUCAUUAGCGUGGGACAAAGAUUGUUGCAGGGGGCCCGGAUUUUAGGAAUUCCAGUGAUUGUAACGGAACAGUACCCUAAAGGUCUGGGAAGCACUGUUCAAGAAAUUGACUUAACAGGUGUAAAACUGGUACUUCCAAAGACCAAGUUUUCAAUGGUAUUACCAGAAGUAGAAGCAGCAUUAGCAGAGAUUCCUGGAGUCAGGAGUGUGGUAUUAUUUGGAGUAGAAACUCAUGUGUGCAUCCAGCAAACUGCCCUGGAGCUAGUUGGCCGAGGAGUGGAGGUCCACAUUGUGGCCGAUGCCACCUCCUCGCGGAGCAUGAUGGACAGGAUGUUUGCUCUUGAGCGUCUUGCCCGAACUGGGAUCAUAGUGACCACCAGCGAGGCCGUCCUGCUGCAGCUGGUGGCUGACAAAGACCAUCCAAAAUUCAAGGAAAUUCAGAAUCUCAUUAAGGCAAGUGCUCCAGAGUCCGGCCUGCUUUCCAAAGUAUAGGACGUUGGAAGGACUGGUUUGCUACACAUUGUCAGGUGCGGGACUGACCCUCACAAGCUCUUAUCUCUACUAGAAUUAAAAUGUUAAGUCAAAAAACGGCUCCUUUUUUGCGCCUCUUAGUGAAACUUAACUGGCUAGACUGUGCGGGUACCAGCAUUUAGUUACAAAUGUCAAAGGCUUCAGGUGCUGCUUACCUUCUUUUUUUGUUACUGUGCUUUUAUUUAUUAAAAAAAAAAAAAAAAUUACAAUGAAGGUGCCUGUUCUGUCUAUACUGUAUACACCGCUGGUAACUUUCAAAAGUGCAUACUAUUGUGAACUUUUCUUAAAUUGUGUACUUUAAAGAAAAAGUACCAAUAAUGAUUUGGCUUUUGUACCAUUGUAAGAUGUAUGUUAUCAUGCUAAUGUGGAGGUAGUGCUUUUAGCAGGGGUGUCCGACUUUUUUUUCUUAAUCUCUGCUAUACAUGGAAGAAGCAGCAUUGUGAUAAAAACAGGAACACCAACAAAAGCUGAUGAACAAUAAAAAAGGCCUGUCACAGAAAAGCAAGAAAAGUCUGCAGAAUCAGCAUGUGGGCCAGCAGGUUACCUGCCUUAUAGAUUGAUUAAAAUAAAUCAAUUUUAAUUGAUUUUAAAAGAGGGCUGUGAAUUUAAAAAGAGGGCUCUGGAUGGCGUUACCCAGUUCCUUCAGGGGGACUUACUAUUGUUGACUUAUUGUGUGAGUUGCAUUAAUCUAACCAUACCAGAUUAUGUUGAAUAAUUUUACAUCUUUCUUGAUUAUACUGAUUUUCUUGUUCUGGUCACCAUCACCAGUUCUCUGUUAAUGUUCUCUUUUUUACCUGAAUCUUUUACCUAGGGAAAGACUCAUGGGGCCAUUGCUUAUUUUAUUUUUAGAAACAGAUGGAAGGAUUUGCAAUGUCUUCUAAUUGGUGGGGGACUGUGUUAGCAUCUUUGAAGUAUAACUUUAGUAGAGUAUCAUUACAACCAUGGAGAAUACAUCUUCUGUUGUACACCAGAUUUAGCAAAAAAGAUAAAGGCUGGAUAACAUGUAGUUCUAAAAUGUCCAUAUUCUGUUAUGUAUCUUUUUCCACCUACCCUCCGAAUAUUUUUAAUGCAAAAGGUAUCAGUAAUGACUUGGUAGUUUUAAAUUUGUGAUCAUUGUUACCCUUUAAUAAAUUUAUUUUCAUUAAAAACUUA